AACUCUCCUCCCCCUUUUUUGCAUUCUAGCAUGGCAGUUGUUACAGAGAAGAGCCUUCUUCUCGAGGGCAACAAAUCCUUUUCGGAGGAUGAAUCUUCAUUGUCCUUUAGGGGGAGGUACCGCUAUGGCAGCACACCCUCCUCAUUUUUAGCUGAUCAUCACAAAAUGGCGGCUGGACACAGAGGAUUUGUCGAUGAAAAUGGAGUUGAUCGUCAUCUUGGACAUUCAUCACAGAUAGACACUAGUGACUACCGUAGACUAACAUACAAUUCUGCCUAUGUACCACCGAUAAGAAGAACAUGGCGUGAAAGCUUUAAGAGAAUAGUACUAAACCUCUAUAAUUUGAAUUUUAGACGCGUUUCUUCACUCUCUAACGUCGUACACACCACAAAGUACACCCUCAUCACCUUCCUACCCAAAAACCUACUAGAGCAAUUCCACAGAGUAGCCAACCUGUACUUUCUCUUGAUCAUAAUUCUCAAUUUUAUACCGGCCAUUGAAGCAUUUGGUAAAGAGGUCUCUUGGGUCCCACUUUUUUGUGUUCUCUCUGUAACAGCUAUAAAAGAUGCCAUUGAGGACAUUAGGAGAUAUCGGUCUGAUAGAAAAGUGAACGCUACCCUCUGUGAAGCUUACAAUAGAAUUGAAGGUCAGUUCACUAGGAGAAAAUGGGAGGAAUUGUAUGUUGGAGAUUUUGUUCGUUUGUCUUGUGACGAAGUGAUACCAGCUGACAUAUUGAUAUUAGAAUCAUCAGAUCCUAACAAUAACUGCUACAUACAGACAUCUAACCUUGAUGGUGAAACUACUCUUAAGCUACGUCAAGUACCUGAAGAUAUACUGGAAAGCAGAGAACCUCAUGCUGAAUUUUUCCCCAAGCAAUUUAGUGGAGAGCUGUUUUAUGAGCAACCAAACAAGACAAUCUAUGAAUUUAAAGGAUUCAUUGAAAAGCCUGAUGGUAGUCAUAUCGUCUUAAAUCGAAAUCACUUGCUAUUGAGAGGGUGUGUCCUUCGUAAUACUGACUAUGUCAUUGGAAUGAUAGCGUAUGCUGGGUAUGAGACCAAGUCAAUGUUGAACAAUACAGGGCAUCGUGCUAAGAGGAGCAAGCUGGAGAGAGCUAUUAAUGCUGAGGUAGUCUCACAGUUUGCAAUAUUGUUUGUUCUUUGUCUUAUUGGAGCAAUCAUGAGCAGUUUAUGGACUGGAAGGCAUAUUAAUCGGAAUAUUGUUUACUUUCCAUUCACAAGUUCUAAUGCUAAUCCUUCACUGGAAGGAUUCGUCAGGUUCUGGACAUUUGUCAUUGCAUUUCAGGUUAUUAUACCAGUAUCACUGUACAUCACAAUUGAGAUAGUAAAGAUAUGUCAAGUCGUCUUCAUUACAUGGGACCUGGACAUGUAUCACGAGGAGACAGAGAGAGGAAUCCAGUGUAAAGCUUUGAAUAUUACUGAAGACCUGGGGCAAAUAGAACACGUGUUCACUGAUAAGACUGGCACACUCACUGAGAAUGAAAUGAUAUUCAGAUGCUGUACAAUCAGUGGUAACAACUACCCUCAUGGAUUGGAAUUUGGUAGUGGUUUGAUUGAUACUCAAUUGAGUUUAAAUACAAUGCUAGAAGGAACAGACUACCCUAAUCACAAAUCUAAGCUAAUCCUUGAUUCACAGUUAAAAAGAGAGCUUAGUCACCCAAAGUCAUCAUCUUCAUUCCUCAAUGACUUUUUUAUUAAUAUGGCUGUGUGCAACACAGUGGUAGUUGCACAGCGUACCACGUCUACUGGGGGAAAGGAUGGACCUCCUGAGAUUAUAUAUGAAGCUGAAUCUUCUGAUGAAUAUGCUCUAGUUGAAGCUGCUCGUGCCUAUGGGUAUAUACUGCUCUCCCGGUCUCCGACUCUCAUUCGUCUUCAAACUCCUCAUCAAGGGAUCCUGGAGUUAGACCUACUUCAUGUACUUGAGUUCAGUCCUGACAGAAAGAGAAUGUCAGUCAUUGUUAGGCUGAACACUGAUGGAGAGGACCCUCAGAUAGUGCUCUACACUAAAGGUGCUGAUUCAGUGAUAUAUGGUUUAUUGGAUUACAGUCUCUCUGAGGAGACUAGUGAGGUUACUCAAGACCUCCUUAACAAGUAUGGAAGACUCGGCCUAAGGACACUCUGCUUGACCAAAAGAGUUAUUAGUGAGGAUGAAUACCAGGCUUGGGCUAAGUCACAUCAAAAGGCUGAGAGGGAUCUUAACAAUAGGGACACAUUAUUGCAAGAAUCCUAUAGCAACAUCGAGAAACAUUUACAAUUACUUGGAGCUACGGGUAUAGAGGAUAGAUUACAAAGUGGUGUACCUGAUACUAUACAGGCACUGAGAGAGGCUGGUAUCAUUAUAUGGAUACUAACUGGUGACAAGAAAGAAACUGCCAUCAACAUUGGCUAUUCAUCCAAACUACUUGAAUAUGAUACUGAGAUAGUAUCGGUACAUGCCCAGUCAGAGGAACAGUGCCUCAGUACAUUGACUGCGAUAUAUCAAGACAGAUGCAAGGGAGAUGCCAGAGGCUUUGCUACCGAAAGUGGUUCUUCAAGUUAUAUGUCACAUACUGUAGAUAUGUUUAGGAACCAGUGGUUUAAGCUUAAGAAUUUGUCUCGUUCGGAGCCUAAGGGUCCACCACUCUCCUCCUCCUCCUCCUCUUCAAAGGCAAUAGUCAUUGAUGGAGAUACACUAGCUCUUGCCUUGCAUGAUUCUUCUCGUAAAUUAUUUGUUUCGAUUUGUAAAGAGUUUGAUACUGUGAUAUGCUGUAGAGCUACUCCUUUACAAAAGGCUGGUGUGGUGCAGUUAUACAAGGAAUCUGGAGUGAUGACACUAGCUAUUGGUGAUGGAGCUAAUGAUGUUAGCAUGAUACAGCAAGCUAAUGUUGGAAUAGGAAUCGCUGGCAAAGAAGGAAUGCAGGCAGUAUUGGCUAGUGAUUUUAACAUGGCACGGUUUUCUUAUCUAAAGAAGUUGCUCCUGGUUCAUGGUCACUGGUGUUAUACAAGAUUAGCAAAUUUAAUUCUUUACUUUUUCUACAAAAACGUGAUGUACUCCGUUUUAUUAUUUUGGUUUCAAAUUUUUAACGGAUUCUCAGGCUCUGUUCCUAUUGAUGGCGUCAACCUACAGAUUUAUAACCUUGUCUAUACUUCACUUCCUGUCAUGGUAGCAGGUACUGCUGAUCAGGAUGUCAAAGCCACUACUCUGCUCUCUGACAGUUCACUCUACAAUGGAGGGAGAUGCUCGCGAGUGUACACAAGAUCUAAGUACUGGCUUAUAAUGUUGGAAGCUUUUUAUCAGAGUGCUGUUGUGUUUUUUAUACCUUAUGCUGCGUUGUAUGGAGGGGCUAUUGGCCUUGUGGAGUUUGGUUUCAUCAUCAAUACAAUUGUUGUCAUUGUUGCUAGUCUUCAUUUGGCCAUUGAGACUCUCCACUGGACCUGGAUACAUCAUUUCUUUCUGUGGGGCAGUUGCUUGGUCCUGUUUGUGUUCAAUUACGUUUAUUGUGCAAUCAAUUCACAGCAGAGAUUUUUGGACACUUACUUUAUUAUGCAAGUCAUAUCAACCUUCCCUUCAUUUUGGUUUUUGCUGAUACUCACACCAAUGGUGGCACUUCUACCAAGGCUUGUUGGCAAGGUACUCCAUCAAGAUUUAUUUCCUGAUACUGUCAUGAAAGCAAGGAAGGACGAAAAAAAGAAAGCCAAGAGUAUGCCCAUUAAAGAAGAUUCAGCUUCUGGCCUUUUUGAGGCAGAAAUUUCAAAUCAUCAGGUGACACCAUCUUAGUUAUGCUAUUGCUAUCAUUUUUAAUUAUUAUUUUUAGUUUUAAAUAUUUACUACAUGUAUAUACUUUUAAUAACAAUGAGACAAUCUUAAUUG